AUGAGUGUUGGAGAGCAAAAGCUUGAUACUUUAUUAGCUUCAAUGAACCCUACUUUACAUCCGGAAACAUUUGUCUUCGUUACUUUACCUAGGUCAGAGAAAACUGCUCCUCCAUCUUUACAACCACAAGUAAUGGUUUUCCAAGAAGCAGAAGGUUUGACUGUCAUUACUUCUAAACUGUCUGCAGAAGAAAUGGGUUUCGAUUACGAAUUUCCUUGUCGUAUGAUAACUUUAAAUAUCCAUUCUAGUCUUGAUGCCGUAGGGUUUUUGGCUCGUAUUCUCGACACGCUAAAAAAUUUGAGUAUUGGAGUAAACCCUGUUAGUGGAUUCUUUCAUGACCAUUUGUUUGUGCCUGUUAAUAAAGAAGAGCUGGUAUUAGAGGCAUUGAAAUAUAUGUCUCAAAAGGCAAAAAAGAGUUAG